CAAAGAAAUUUUCUACGUUCGUGAUAGAAUCUGACCAGUGAAAACUCCGUUGCGAGAAAUGACUGUUCGUUAGUAGUAUAUAGAGCUUCGAAAGAAUACUGUCUCGCAUUCUUGCGACACAGGAUUUGCAAAAUUACUUUGUUAUUAGAAAUUGUUAAAACGCUCGCGUCAAUUUUCGUUGCUAUUACGAAUAUUGUUUCGUUUUUAGCACUGAGACACCAAUUUCUCACGUUUUAUUUAUAUUUUUAUUACUUCCGCUUUACGCUAAAUAAAGAUCGUGAUCGCGUGUUGAAAAUUUCCUGAGUGUGCAAGAGGAUCGAUCGAUCGACUCUGAAAAUGUCAUGCGGCGCGAAUGAGUAAUCACAAAGGACAAAAUCGAUAGUUGCGAAGAGAGGACAUGCUCGAAACGGGAAGAAGAACUGCAAUCAGCACGUCUCAGCUUGGACUUUAUUCUGACCACGGUGAUCGAUACCAUAGAAGUCGAUACAGUUCCGUUACAAGGAAAAUUGCGAUUGGAGUUAUGGUCGUAGUGGCGGUGGUAUUAGUCGGGAUAUUCUUGUACGACUUCACGUCGGCCUCGUCGGUGAACAGCAAAUUGAACCAGGAGACGAAGCAUAUGUACAUCUUGCAAAAUGCUCUUAGGAAACCUUCGAACUUUACGAAAAAGUUGUUCAACUCGACCGUUUCGCCAGAGGUGAAUAGAAUUAGUUCCACUUACAUUCAAGAUCGUUUAGACAAUGAUGGGAAUCUGUUCCCGUACGAUGAAACGUCCGAUCGGAAAGUGGCUGACGCGGAGCUCAAGUCGCAGAACCUGGAUAACUUCAAGCUGAGGAGAAGAGUGCUGAAAUCCGCGGAGAGCAAGGUGGACGAGCCGGCAGAAGGGAAACAGUUGUUCGAUAAUCAUGCGAUUGUUUAUCGCGUGAGACAAAGGCACAAGCAUCCAGAGUUAGAAGAAGACGAGAGUUCGGAGGAGAAUCGACCAGCACCUUUUCAUUGGGAACUGAAGACACCGCAUCCGACUGCCUUCAAACGUCCGCGAUACCCUCAACUCACUCAGUACAGAUACUCACACGCCUCCAGAAACAUUCAAGAUAUCAUCAAGUACCUGACCAACGACGCCGACUUGUCGAACAGAGGCAUCAAGUUCACUGGCGUGUACGUGAACCCGAAGAAAUAUGAUUUGUAUCCUGGCGCAGGGGAGAUGAUGUCCAACAGCGAUAGAUCGGAAGAGGAUGAGGGUUCUUACUCGAUGAACGAAGAUCCGUUUUAUCAGUACAAGCCGAAACAUCCGGCGGACGUGAAUUUGCUGGCCACGUCUAACGUUAGAUUUUCACCGAUGGGUCUUCACAGGUACAAUUAUGAUGCCUACGGACGGCCGUCGAGUUAUUACAAACCAACAUCGAUGGAAUCCAUGUACGAAAAUCCCACGUCCUAUCCAAGUAAUUACGCGAAGAAACGAAAACCACAGCCGUUCAGCGUCAUGUUGGACAUUUAUCCUAUCACCGACGUUACGGAGCAACAUAAAAAAGGGAAUCGACCGAAACAAGUGGUUAUGGACGAUUACGAGCUGAGAAGACCGAUUCAGCACAACAGAGGGCCGAAGUUUUAUUCUCCAUCCCCGCAGUCCUUGACAGGGAUGUCUGCGCAAGCAAUGACAGACGAAGAAGAGAGACAACAGAUGAUAUUUCACUUGAAUCUGUACCCGAGAAAGAAGAACAAGAUGAGCAGAUAUGACGUUAUUCAUAAAUCGGAAUCCAUGGCACCAGAGGAACGACAACAAUUCGUAGAUAAAGUAUGGUCGCCUCUGGAAACCAUAGCCAAGCAUUUGGCCGUGGAACAAUCAAAAUUCAUCAACAACGAGGGAUCCAAUUUCGCCACAACCCGGUAUCAAGAGACUCAUCUCGACGACAAGGACGAAAUGAAAAAACUCCAAGAAACGCACGACCAUCCGGAAUUAAACAAAAACGAGAACCCGGACGAGAGUAUCACCGUCCCACCUAAUCAUAAAUCAAACGCAGAUGAAGAUUACGCGAGCACCGAGAAAUACGCGCUCGACGCUCAGAAAAUUGUAGGAACUACCACGGAAAGUGAACGCGACGACUGUAGAACGACGAUCGUUUCGAAAGAGAUGAAAGUGAACGAUACCGAGAGUAACGAAGAUUUGAAAGAUAUUGACACUGUCGAGGGAUUUAAACGAUUCGACGACAGUGUCUCUUGAACAAAUUGAAAAGAGAGAGAAGACUAAUAAAUAUUUAAAAAAGGAUUUAAAGGAAACAAGCGGGCCACUUGGUAAUUGUAGCAGAAAAUUAUUAAAAUCACGCAACUUAGCGUUAUCCUCUUUCUCUUGAAAUAUAUUACUCAAACGUAAUUACUUCGAAUGUUGUCUGAUCUAGGGAGUCAUCAAUCUCUCCUUGAGAGUUUCUUCGUAUUUCCCAUUAGAUCAAAUUAUCUACCGAGCUCCACCUCGCCUUGACAUUUUCGUCGAGGGCGUUCGAGAGCCUCUCAAGAUCUUUGCUGGUGCAAUCGCAAGAUAUUCGUUCAAUGCGAUUGCUUAAUAGGCCAAGAGACCGCGGUCUACAAAAUUGGUAUUCGUCGUCUUAUAAUGAAGGAACUUCGUGAUGACUAUAAAAUCAUCUAACUGCUUCAAGAUUUCUGCAAUUACUUACAGUGAAAUAUCGUAAAAAGCUUUUAAACUUUUAAUUUUUAAAUGAGAAAAGAUUCGUAAGAUCUAGUGCGACAUAAAUAUAAUUUUUAACAUUUCUCAUUAGAGUCAAAAAUCCUAAAUCGUUACUUAGUUGUUUUGAAGACUCGAGAAUGAUUUGUUUCAAACCUUCGAUGUAGAUUAAAUUCUAUUGGAAAGUUCAGGAUUUUGCCUUUUUCUUUUUUAAAUGUGACGCGAGAAUACCACAUUUUGUACGUAAGCCUUUAAAUUUAAAUUACAUCGAUUCGAAAGUCGGCUGAGAACUGUAUUCAAAUUGGUAUACAGA